AACGCUCCCCGUGUUUGCCGCCGGAAGCGCCUCCGUUCUAAGCCUGAGCGGACGGGCCCAUCGAUACUCCUGACAGCGGCUACUAAGCCCUAGACAUCUGCGUCUCGCCGGUGUCGCUCCGCGGCCAGCACGCUCGGGCCUGGAGCAGGGCAGGAGCGGGACUGCUACACCCGCGGGGAAGUUGAGGCGUGUUACGGAAGGCCAGGCUGUUCAGUAAAUUUCCCCUCAAACAGCAGGAGAGCUCACUCAGUCCUCGCGAGAGGGGGCUGGUUGGUCGUUCUGGCGCUCUCGUUUCCUGGGGGAACAGAAUUGCUAGACGCCACAGGUGCGCUGUCUUUACUCUUCCCCGUUCGUUCCGAGGGGCGAAGGGGUUAAAGCUGCGUCCCCGGCGGCGCGGGAGGAGGGCUGGCUCCCAAAGAUGAUAUAUCUACGAUGAAACAAGUCACUUGUGAUGUUUUAGGAAACUUGUCAUUUCAGUGCUGUACCUAAGUUAUAAUUUUUCAAAAUGUUUCCACUGACUGAGGAAAACAAGCGCGUAGCCUGGUUGUUGCUCAGUACUGGCACCUGUCCAAGAUGCAUCUUCAGAUUCUGUGCCGUGGAUUUUCAGGCACCUUACAAACUUCCAUACAAGGAGUUGCUGGAUGAACUACAGAAAUUCCUGGAAACUGAAAAAGAUACAUUCAUUUUGGAAGCUCCAAACCCACCUCUCAAGAAAAUUCGGCUACAAGAAUCGGGAGAUGGGAUUGAUAAUCUGAGUCAAAAUAGAGAGGGCGGGGUCUCCGUCACUGAAGACGGAAGCAUUGCUUCCAGGAACUCAUAUUUCAACGUAUGCAAUGUAUGCCUAGGAGUUCUUCAAGAAUUCUGUGAAAAAGAAUUCAUUAAAAAGGUGUGCCGAAAGGUUGAGACCUCUGGGUUUGAAUUUACCAACUUGGUGUUUUCAGUCUCCUUCCCGCCACAGCUGUCUGUGAGAGAGCAUGCUGCAUGGUUGCUGGUAAAACAGGAAAUGGGAAAGCAGAGUCUGUCGCUGGGAAGAAAUGACAUAGUUCAGCUAAAAGAAGCCUACAAGUGGAUAACUCACCCCUUGUUUUCAGAGGAACUGGGCGUUCCCAUUGAUGGCAAGAGCUUGUUUGAAGUGAGUGUGGUCUUUGCUCACCCAGAAACACUUGCGGAUUGCCACUUCCUAGGUGCAAUAUGCCCAGAUUGCUUCAAGCCAGCUAAAAACAAACAGUCAGUAUUUACUAGAAUGGCAGUUAUGAAAGCUUUGAAUAAGAUAAAAGAAGAGGACUUCCGCAAGCAGUUUCCUUGUCCUCCAAACUCACCAAAGGCUGUUUGCACUGUUCUUGAAAUUGAAUGUGCUCAUGGUGCUGUUUUUGUGGCUGGGAGAUAUAAUAAAUACUCCAGGAAUCUACCACAAACUCCAUGGAUAAUUGAUGGAGAAAGGAAGCUGGAGUCUUCAGUGGAGGAAUUAAUUUCAGACCAUCUGUUGACAGUAUUUAAAGCAGAGAGUUUUAAUUUUUCAUCCUCUGGAAGAGAAGAUGUUGAUGUGAGAACAUUAGGAAAUGGAAGGCCCUUUGCAAUUGAGCUGGUGAAUCCUCAUAGAGUACAUUUCACUUCACAAGAAAUUAAGGAACUUCAGCAGAAAAUUAAUAACUCGUCUGAUAAAAUCCAAGUACGGGACUUGCAGCUUGUCACCAGAGAGGCAAUAGGACAUAUGAAAGAAGGUGAAGAAGAGAAGACCAAGACAUAUAGUGCCUUAAUAUGGACAAACAAAGCCAUACGGAAGGAGGACCUUAGGUUCCUAAAUGACAUAAAGGACCUAAAGAUCGACCAGAAAACGCCUCUCCGGGUCCUUCACCGCAGGCCUUUGGCUGUGAGAACUCGGGUUGUUCACACCAUGGAGACUGACUACGUGGAUGAGCACCAUUUCCGUCUCCAUCUGAAGACGCAGGCAGGGACCUACAUUAAAGAGUUUGUACAUGGAGACUUUGGGAGAACCAAGCCGAACAUUGGCUCCCUGCUGGACGUGACCGCAGACAUUCUCGAGCUGGAUGUUGAGUCUGUAGAUGUGGACUGGCCCCCUGCCCUGGAUGACUGACGUUCAUAUUUGAAGACGAAGAGUAGAGCUUUCCUGACACGAUACAGACACCCAUCAAGCACACACCGUAAAAUGGCUGUUCACCCACCAAACGGCAUCUUGGAAGCCAUCUGGAUCAUGUUGAUCUGUGUGUUUUUUUAAUUUGCUGUAACAUCUCAGGAUCUAUAUGUAUGUAUUUUGUGUUAAAUUGCUCUAAGGAUAUCUUACAAUUUUUCUUGCUCCGCCUCCAGCCCCUGCAAAGCAGAGUAUGAAUUGAAACCAUUUUUCCUUUUUAAUUAUUUCAUUUAGAGAGGUACGCAAACAGGAUACAUUCUGUUAAUCCGAGAAGCUACGUUUUCUUUCAGUCAGAUUUCCCUCCACAAGAGACAUCCAAAAACCUGUUACCCUUGAGUUGAUUCCGACUCAUAGUGACCCUAUAGGUCAAAGUAGAGCUGCCCCAUAGGGUUUCCAAGGCUGCGACCUUUACAGAAGCAUCCCUCCUGAGGAGCAGCUGGUGGGUUUGAACUGCUGACCUUUCAGUUAGCAGCAGAGUGCUUAACGACUGCACCACCAGGGCUCCUUUACAAGAGACAUACCACCUGUAAAACACGGUUGUAAAGUUUUAAAGUUACCUGAAUAAAAGUUACCGUAUAUCCUGCAACUAGUGCACCGUACAUAUAACAUGCACAGUGUGACCAGGAAAAUAUGCACAAGGGGGUCGCUCAGUUGGCAAAAAUACAUGAUGUGUGUUAUUUGCGUAAAAAUACGGUAUAUCUAUGCAGACACAUGCAGCACGGUAGCCUAUAAUACUCCAUCUAGGCCUCAAGCUGUUACCAGUAGAAGGAUCUGUCACAAAUCUUAAUGGCUUCAAGUUACUGUUUUGACAAACUAAAAUUGUCAGUACGUUUCCUGUGGAGGGAAAGUAAAACCUUCAGAACUGAGGUAUACCGUAGUAAGAGGAUUUCAUAAGUCUUUUAAAUAAGGAGACACAGGUGCCUACAACUAUUUGAUGUAACUUCCGUUCAAGGAUAAGAUUAUACAAAAUGUAGAUGGCUGAACAAAGGUAAGCUGGUGUUCUUUCAGAGUGCUUCGAUAUAUUAUCCCGUUUCAAACAAGGUAAUGUAGAUGUUUGGUAUUAUCUCAUUUUACAAAUACGGAAACCAAAGAAUAGGGGUUAGAUGACUUGUCUCAAACUGUUACUUCAUACCGAAGUUUCCUGGUCUCUGGGGUCCUUUCUAAUAAGCCCUAUACCGAGCACCUACUGUGUGAAGGAGGACCUGAAGAUGACAUUUUGACUCAUGUAACUGUGCCUUUAAUUGACUUGGAAUUUAGAUAACAAAUCAAGGAACCUACUAACAAAUAAACAGUAUUUUUCACACAGUUUGAUCAAAUUACCAUUUCUUGAUAAAUCAAGCAUCAUUUGAUAUUGUGAAGAGGAAAAGCAGAUUAAACGAGACAAAUCCAAAGAAAAUAGAUGGGUCGUUAAAAGUUCCGGAAGGAACCUCAUUUAAGUGUAAUUUCUAUCACCCUGAUUUGACUACAACACAAGUGGCUUGGUCAGUAUUGAUUACUGUUUGCCAUCUCAAUAUGAGACAUCAUUCAUAGUUACAAAGAUAUAUUAUUCACUUUAGAAAUCAGGAAAAUGUUUAAGAUUGUUGGUUCAAUUAACAAAGAAGUCAGCCCACCACUUUGAAACUAUGUCUUUCAUGUAUGAAUAAUAGUGAAUCUUCAAUACCAGAAAAGGAGAAGGGGUAGCAGAAAUAAACUUUUGAUAAAAAGGUAAGAACUUCUGUGUGAAUGUUUCUCAGUUUCUGGGGAAAAUUUUGCUUUAAAAGAGACGUAAGUACUUUGGAAUAUAGUCUUUUGCACGUUUCUUUUUGGCUCAGCUUUGAAGCCAGUGGACCUGCAAGAUGGAAGAUUCCAGAACCUGAGCAAACUUAAAGUGAAAAGACUGCCGA